AUGGCUGCGGAAGGGCCGUCGAUGGCUGCUCCUGAGGCAGCGGCGGAAGGAGCGCCCGCAGGCGGAACGACGGGUGGAGCGGCGGGAGGAGCGGCGGGCGGAACGGCGGGCGGGGCGGCGGAAGCGGGGGUGAUCUUCGUGCUGGAGAAGGCGUCGCUCGAAGUCGCCAAAGUCGGAAAGACGUACGUGUUGCUGAAUUGCGACGACCAUGCCAACUUCCUGCGCAAGCACGGCAAGGACCCCGCGCUCUACCGCCCAGACAUCUGCCACCAGGCGCUCCUAACCAUACUAGACAGUCCCCUAAAUAAAGCUGGAAGGUUGAAAGCUCUCUAUGUGGCCACCACGCGCAACACGCUCAUCCAAGUCAACCCGCACAUCCGCAUUCCCCGCACCUUCCGCCGCUUCUGCGGCCUUAUGGUGCAGCUGCUGCAGAAGCUAUCCAUACGCGCUACAAACGGGCCUGAUAAGCUCCUCAAGGUCAUCAAGCACCCCGUCACCAAAUACCUGCCUCCGGGGUGCAGGAGAAUAGGCUUGGAGUACAGCGCACAGAAGGUGGUGCAUCUGCGCCAAUUCCUCAAGACAACCAACUCAGAGACACUAGUCUUUGUGGUGGGGGCGAUGGCUAGUGGUGACAUCAGCAGUGACUACGUGGACGAGAUGAUUGCAGUUUCGGAGUACCCACUGAGUGCAGCCACUUGCUUGUCCCGCCUGUGCACUACACUGGAACUAAAGUGGGGCAUCUUAUAG